GGGCGAGUCACCGUGUAUAAAUACGCCGGGUUGUCAAACAGUAAAGUUUUCUGGACCUUCCAUGCAAACUGUCAGCUGAAGAGAAACUGGGAAACCCUGUGGCCAUCUCAGAGUUGGGGCAGGAGUUAUGCCAUUCAACAAUAAUAAGGAGAAGAAACAUCUAGUGGUCAGCAAUUGAAUUAACGACUCUACACAUUCGCCUCGGAAUACGCACCGGAAUUAAAAGAGAAACGCAGGAGUACAAGUGAAGCUCGUGCAUCAGUAGCUGGGACCUGACAACAUUGUUGCAUAAUUGUGACCACAAAAGACGGCCUGCGACGUGCUGCCCCCACCUUUCAAGGACGGUGCUAACCCGGUGCAGCCAUGCAUCUCGAAGUGAAGGUCGCCCUCAACUUCAUCGUGUCCUACCUGUACAAUAAGCUGCCCCGGCGUCGAGCUGACCUGUUUGGCGAGGAGCUAGAGAAGAUACUGAUGUCUCGUUUCCAGGGUCACUGGUACCCUGAAGCGCCUCUCAGGGGCUCUGCCUUCCGCUGCAUCCACCUGGGAGCCCAGAGGGACCCUGUGGUGGAGUUGGCCGCCAAGAGAAGUGGCCUGGACACUGAGGAGGUACGCACAAAUGUUCCUGCAGAGCUCAGCGUGUGGAUUGACCCUUACGAGGUCUCCUACCAGAUCGGGGAGAAGGGGGCCGUGAAGGUCCUCUACCUGGAGGACCCACCAGGCCUCUGCUGUGACAGCGAGACGGCCAAGGGGCUGGUCAGAGACUGUAAAGGGGAGGCGGAGGCGGAGGCGGAGGAGGCCAAGAGUCUGGGCUUCAACCCUGAAGCUCAGGUGUUCGUGCCAAUUGGAAGCCAAGUGUCUCCCGCCCUCAUGCCGUCGCUCUCUAGCUCCCCCACACCUCUACCGGCCCAGCCGGGCCCCGGGCUCUUCGCCUACCCCGGCUCCAGCACGCCCACCGACCCCACUGCCCACUCCUCAAACACCUCCACCCCGUCCCCUCCCACCGGCGGGCUGCCCUACCUCUCGGCUCAGCAGCCGGCCCCCGCUCUCCCCGCCGCCCGACCUCAGCCCAUCACGUUCACCACCGCUAGCUUCGCCGCCACCAAGUUCGGCUCGACCAAGAUGAAGAAGUGCAGCGGCGCCGGGUCGGCGGGGGGCUCGGGUGCCGUCGCGCCGCCGGCCCAGAGGAUGCUCGCCCUCUCUCCCACCACCAUCUCUGCACCGGAGCUGCUCAAGCACAAGCCCCUGUCUCUCUCCCUGCACUCCCUCGGGGGUCCCAUCGCCAGCCAGCUCUCCCCCAAUGCCAAAGAGUUUGUCUACCCAGGGUCCCCGGGCCACCUUUACUUCGACGCUGACACCCAGCCCUUGCACCCGCUUGCUAGCCCGUUCCAACCCCCCCACGCUCUCAACACCCAUCUGUCCUUCGACCCAUUCGCCAGCCCUUCCCCUGCCCAGAGUGUGGGCAUCAUUGGCAGCAACGGAGGAAUCCCCUAUAUAGAGAAGCCGCCAUUUGUUGAGGGUUUAGGAAGCUACAACCUGCAAUAUCCGAGCCAGCCCUUCCAGCCCGUUGUGCUAGCCAACUAAGCCUUCAUUUGUAACAAUACAAAUUGUAGUAGGUGGAUUUGAUCAGUGAUGCUCCAGAGUUUUUCAUUUUUUUCUAAGAAAUUGUUACCAAUAUAAGUUUUAACUACAGAUUUAGAAAAACCCCGUCCACGGAAUAAUUCAUGUGAUUGGUUUUGUUCCUCCCCCAACCCUGCUCUCUAGGCCCUUUCUGUUACUCCUCAUGUUCUGUGUAUGUUUGCUUUGUCAGGAAUGGAUGGGAGGGGUCCUUUCUACCUUUAGUAGCCAAUCUCCUUUCUUUUUUUUCUGCAUUGAAUGUUAAUGUGAGGGACUUUUUUUUUUUUUUUUUUUCCCUCUCUUGACUUGUUGUUUAAUGGACCCGGAUCUAGAGUAGCUCCAUUUUGCACUGCACUGUCAUGCUGUGAAAAAGGACCUCGCCAAGUCCUGCAGGGAGCGACGGUGGUGGAAAAGCUCAGCACUGCGCUCUGCAAUCUGCUCUGCCCUACUUGCAACAAAUACAGUGGGGGGGGGGGCUUUGCUGUGAGUGUGUAGUCCUGCUCUGGUUAGUUGUGGUUGAGAGUGAUGGGGAGAGUCAUUGUUUGUACGUGGGCCCAAUCCCCUUCAGUCACACCCGCAAAAUCUGUCAUCGCUGGGGUGUAUAGAUAUAUUUGAGGCAGUUUAUCAGCCGGAAUGAGCACAUGGCAGGAGUUCAAAUGAAGUGAGAGCAGAUGAGCGAGUAGAAAGACUGCAUCAGGGUGUAAUGAAAUGUGUUGCAUCCCUCUGGGGAAACUGCAGCCGGGAAGGUCUGGGACACCUUGGUGAAUGUGAAUAACAAGUAAAGAUUUUUUUUUUUUUUUAAGACUACUAAGGGAUCGUUUAACAUUUGUUUAACAAAUGGGGAGACAGAAUGCGAGCAAAAAUGCACAAUUCCAGUCGUGCGUGCGUGUGUGUUUGUCGAAAGGGAUGCAGCAGUUGGAUUGUGAUAAAUGGCUAAGCAUGACUAUGAAGGAGAGGUUUUCCCCUGCAGUAAGGGAGAGACGGAGAUGAGAGAGAAGGGAAGACCGAAGAAAACUGAUGAGAGAGAAGCAGCUCCAGGGCUGUAUCGGCUCUGAGAGCGACACUUUGAAACCCAGAACACGUUUGUGGUGAGUUUAAAUGCUAUUGAAGCCAGAGGCACACACUAUUCUCUGCCCACCCCCUUGUAAUUCUUCAGUGAUCUGUGGCUGUUAACAACUGGAGAAAACAAACAAAUUCAUAAAGUUGUUUUCCCAGUUAUGUGAACAAAGAUGCAAAAGUGGAUGCUCUUCACUGGCUUUUCUUGAUAGCUUGUCAGAUCUCUGGAAGUCUGCUGUUGUGUAACAAUGGUUUAUUUGCCAGCCGAGUCCACGUGAUUGUCGGUUAGUCACUGCAGGGAAGUGUAACACUCAGAUGUCCAUUUGAGCUGUCCAGCACUUUAUUACUGGGCCCCUGAGGCCGUGUGUCGCCCACAGACCCGAGCGCUGGCACCAUUCCUUUGCCCUCUGUUUGGAAAUGGUUCAUUUUAGUCCGCUCUCAUGAAAUGCUUUAGAGAUUUAAACGGGAGCUUAAUUUGUAUUCAAGGGCAUCACGCUGGUGACGAGGGGCAGUUAGUCUUGUCUCUUUUUUAGUUCAGUGUUUCCCAGGCAAUGUUUUUGUAUAAAAGGACCCACUGACCCUUGACCUGUGCUCAUGAUGGUGACCGCUUGUCAUACGCAUGCAAGUUUGUGGUUUUUUUUUUUUUUUUUUUUUCCAAGGGGAAUGGGUGGUGAGGUACACAUUGCGAGAGGGGAAAAAUUUAUAGUUUUAUGUUUUGUAAUUUAUUUCUAUAUUUGUUUUUGCAAAAUGAUCACUUGCAUUUGUAUGAGUAAGACAAGUCCAGGAAUAUGUACAAAGUGUUUAUGUUCAGAUUCUUUGUUUAGUUUCUUACAUGCUGAGGUUAUUUUUUCAGAAAAUAACAUGAAUAUAUGCAAAUUGAGACAAAAUAAAGAUGUACAGAAUAAAGUAUUGAAUGUG